UAUGGUACCUGAUUGACAAAAAUGUUGAUUCAUUAGUUUGCUAAGUAACGGUGGUGGUGCUCAAAUUAUGCAAUGACGGCUUCAUUUUGCGAUGACCUUAGGCAUUGACAGAAAACAAAUAUGUGAAAAACUGGUCCAGAUUGCCGAAGACCUUAAAGUUAGUGACAACUUAAUUUCUGAAUGGAGGACAAAGAUAUCAGAAGGGGACGGAUUCAAUGUUGAAUGGAAUUGCAGAAUUGAUUUAAUGGUUCUUAUUGUGAGCCAAUUAACUGAUCACGACUUAAAACUGCUGCAAAAUUCUGUCACAAGUAGAUCGAAUCAGUCUUCGUGUAUUCUAUUUCAACAGACAACUGACCAGAAAAUAUGGGUUAACGGAGAGAAACUGCAUCCUCAUCUGUUCCUGUACAAAAUGUUGAUUGACCCAAAUGUUCCAUCAGUCAAUGGACUAAAGACUUCUUCCUUAGCAAAUUGUCUGUCUUCCUUCUACUCUAACUCAGAUAAAGCUCGUUCUUCCUCUUGUAUAAACCCCAGUCAUUACGAACAGAUUGAAAAUCUAAACUUACAACUACCGCAAUCCGCCUCAGUCGCCGAACGGCCUAAUAUUGAUAGUUUGCGUCCACUGAACUCAGUCGGCGACCUCAGUGCAAUAACUGGUGCUGCAGCUGCUGCCUCUGCGAAUCAACCAGAACCCGCCUCGAGUGAAUCAGAGAAACUGAAGCAAGGUAUCCUCCAUCCAGACACGUUACUGCAGCACAACGUGUCUUACUCGCAGAUCGUGGAGUACGAACCAGUGCGUCAUUGGUGUAGUGUAGCUUAUUACGAAGGCGAAACGAAGCUAAGCGAGGUCUACCAAGCGGACGAGAACCAGUUUCAGAUAGAUGGCCUAACCGAUCCCUCAAGCUCUCAGAGGUUUUGUCUGGGGAUCAUAAACAGAACUUCCAGGGAUCCGUUGACCAGACAAAUUAGGCGUGUUAUAGACCAGGGAAUUCGAUUGUUGUGGGUCGAGUCCUCUCAGGAGAUGCACGUGGAAUGUCUGAGUGAGCACGCAGUCUUUUUCCAGAGUCACUGUUUCAACUCGGACUAUGGCUUCGAACCACACUCAGUGGUGAAAAUACCCUCGGGAUCCUCAGCUUGUGUCUUCCGUCUUGAAACGUUCACCAAGGCCAUCCAGUAUAAUUUACAACUGGAAACUUACAGUUACAAUCGCGUGUACGACUUGAGUACCAUGUGUCAGGUGAGAAUUAGCUUUGUCAAGGGAUGGGGUACUAGUUACCGCCGCGCCAAAAUCACCCAGUGCCCUUGCUGGGUGGACAUCACUCUAAACGGACCUCUCCACAUGCUGGACAAAGUUCUCAGGUAUCUACACCCACCCCUCUCUUCUCUAAGCUCAGGAAGUGGCGGCAAAAACAGUCCUGUUCAAGCUGCAGGAACCCCAAUUAAAGGCAAUGUCAACGGGAAUAAGCAAUGUGACCUUUCGAAGCUCGCCUUGGAAAAGUUGGAGAGCAAACAAGUUGGACAACUGGAAUACAAUGUGCAGAGUGAGGAGCGGUUGACCUCUAACUUCGCACGAACUCCCAGCGAAAUGCAAGCUAGUGGUGCAAGUUCGCUUGACAGCAAUGGACGGCCACCUCGAUAUGGACUAGGAGUUGAUGGUGAACUUGAAAUCAUGAUGCUGACGUGAAUUAAUUGGAAUUGCUUGAAAAACCUGAGAAUGACAUGCUGAUUUGUUAGAAACUUGAAGAUGUUUGCUCAUAGCGAACUGAUUGGAACUCUGAUUUGAAGAAAAAAAACGUGAAUAUAUUUCUAAUGAAACUGAUUUAUGGUUAAGUUAAUUUAUUGACUGUUGGCGCUCCUAAAAUGCUCGCUCUGCUCAUUAAAUGAGAUGAAUAAAUUUACAAACUUCAACUUAAAAUCUACACUGUCACAAGGGUUUGAAACUCGACUGACUUUGUACUGUAUACUCAUUUCGCUGUCUAUUUCUGUCCAUUCGUGAUGAAGUUAUGAUCUUAAGCAAUGGCCGUGUAUUUUUACCGUUAUUGAUUUUUUAAAAUUUUUAUACGCUAUCGUAUGUAAAUAAGUUCUUAGUGGGUAGUAAAUUGAGCCUCUGAAUUAAAUGACUCCGCUUAUUUCUUUAUUUGAUUGAAAUGAUGAUCAAUAAUGUUGAUUGAAACUAAACAAAAAAUUAUUAACUGAUUUAAGCUAAAACUUGAUAAGGUUCUUGACUUGGAUAGUAGUCUUAUACGAACGUAGUUUUCUUCGCUUAUGUGCACUUGUUGUAUGGAGUUUUGGCUACUAAUAAA